AUGAAGAUAAUAUAUUUAAAUUACCUCUCCUUCAUAUUACUAUUUUUAUGCUACUCUGAAGUUUUGAGUACUAAUAACUGCGGUAUUGGAUGCUCAGAAUGCUAAAGCUCAAUUUAAGGCCAAUAUUUGUGUUCAAAAUGUGAGUAAGAUUUUAUCUUAUAGAAUAAUUAAUGCUCUUAUACUCUUUGUUAACCAUUUACUUAUUUAGUGUAUGAUAAAUCUCUUAGCCAAUAGAAUCCUUAACAAUGUAAAGCUAUAUGCCCUGAUUACUUUCAAGAGAAUUAAAUCUUAAAUAUUUGCUAAUAGAUAAACCAGUGCUCAAUAUCAUAUUCAACAGAUUAAACAAAAAACAGAAUUAAUAAUGGUGGAAAUGUUGAAAAUAUAAUUUUUAUAUCUAAAAAGAAGACUAUGAUUGUUUACGAAACUUAUCAAACUAUUAUAAACACAAAUACAGGAUCCUUCAUGUCUGAUAUGAUUGAUAGCAAUAUCAUUAAAGUCAUAUAAGUCUACCCUAAUUUUGUUUUAAUGACUGCAGAUAAUUAGCUAAUAUAUUGGGAUUAUGUUUCAAACUCUAAGCAAGUUAUACUAAAAAUAAGUUAAGGAAGGUUAUCAAAAAAAUCAUAAAUUGUUUAUUAAUCAGCAGAUCAAUAUUAUUAAGUUGUAACAAGUUAUGAUGAGUGGCUAAAUCUUGUUUAUUUUACUUCAUUUACCUUAGGCGAUGCUUCAUUCAAGAGCUUUCCCUAAACUCCUUCACUUUCUUUAGCUAGUAGCUUCGUUUACAUAUUAGACGGAUAUGUUAUCUAAACAAAUGUAAACAGAACCAUAAAUAUUUACUCCUUUGUAAUUAAUAAAAAUGUAAAUUAAUUUAAUCUUUUAAAAAGAUAAUUUUCGCAAGUAAAUUUAUAAGUACCCUACAGUCCUAUUUUGCAGGCAAUCUAUUAUUAAAUCCAAGGAUAGUCUUCAAUCAAUUUACUAAUUAUAUAAUAAUAAAGCUUGAAUCUGAUUUAAUUUACUGAUAAUUCAGAUGGCUAAUCUUUUCCUUCUAUAGAUUAUUAAAUCCUUUAAUUUACAGAUUUUCCUUAUGAAGUAACAUUCCUUUAAUAAAUUGAUGAUGAAAUAUACUCAACAUUUGCUGUUAGAUUCAGUUAGCAAAUAUAAUUUUACAAUUAAACUCUUCAGUUUAUUCUAGCUUUUCAGUAACCGAGUAUUACAGGUUUUGCUUUUUAUAGAGAUCCUACUCUAGACUACUAUUAAGUUAAGAUGUUUGUGUUGUACUCUUAACUUAGCUAUGUUACUUCUCAUAUAGUGAGUUAUGGAACUCCUUCAAUUACAGACAAAUCCAAAAUUACAAUAUAAAUUUAAAAUCCAAUUUCAUUCAUAAAAUAAAAUAUUAAAACAAUUUUAGGAGGAAGAAUAUUAUCUCAAAAAUAAAAUGAUUUAAAGAUGAGAAAUUUAUAAUUUGGAACAACUGUUUUCAGCCUAUAUAUUGUUGGUAAGAAUAUUUAAAAAAUAGAUGUUGACGCAGAUUAAACAAGCUUUGUUGUGAAUCCUUUUGUUCAAAAAAAAUGGGUAUAGGGAGAUGUUAUAAAUUAAAUGGUAUAUUCUUAAAUUUCUCAGAUUUUAUUAACAUGUUCUAACGAUGGAACAAUAAUCGCUUGGAAUACAAUAGAAAGCAUGAAUCCUGAUUUUUUAUACAAAGUUGAAAGAUAAUUACAGAGAUGUAUAGAUAUUUAAUUAUAUAAUGAUUAAUGGGUUGUAGCCCUAUUUUCAAAAUAAAUUUUAAUAUUUGGCUUAAGGAACUAAUACGAAUAUAAGGAGUAUUUCUUUGUAUCUACAUCAGAUCAACGAUAGUUUAUAGCUCAUUAAUCUCUUUAUAUUCUAUUAUACUAUGAUAACAAUUUCUCAAUUUUAGAUGGAAAUACUUUGUCUUAAAUAUCAUAAAAUAAUAAAUUAAUAUAAAAUUAAAGUAUUUAAAAAAUUGUAUUCUUAGAAAAUUUGAGUAUAAUUAUUUAAAAUAGCUUAGAUUCAAUAUGCAUUUUGUAAUUAUCUUAAUAGCUACUAUUUCCUUCCUAAAUUAACUUUUCUUUCAAAAGUCAAUAUGGUAAUAUAGUAUUUUUAAAGACUGACUUUAAUAUUAACACGAAUUAUAACGAAAUUAUGGUAUGUUUAUAAAAUAAUGCUUUUUUAAUACUAAAUAAUUAGCUUCAAUUAAUUUUUUCACAUAUAUUGUAGCAAGGUUUCCCUUUUUAAGUAAAGAAAUACUCUGAUAGAAAUACAUAUAUUCUUUUUGGAUAGGUUUCAAAUUAAGAUGCAGCUUAUUAGUAUUUCCAUUACAUUUUAUAUAGAGAUACCAACUAAGGAAAUAUUAUUGGAAAAAGCUAUUCAUUGAAGUUUAAUCUAGGGAUAAAUAUAGCACUGGAUUACAAAGGAAAUAGCUAAAUAAAUUACUUAAGCUCAUAACCUUAAACAUUUUAUACUAUAAUUUAAAGAAAUAGAUAUUUGUAAAAUAUUUAGUCUUUAGAAUUUAGUCACUUUGUAUUUUCUUAUGGACCUGGAAUCACUUAGUAUGUUAACUCAAAUUCAGGAAAUGUUUAGUAUUACUCAGGAGCUGAUGGUACACUUAGUUUUGAUACAAAUAAUUUGAAUUCUGUAUAACAAAUUCUAUUAAAUCCUUAAAAUUCUAAAGAAGCGAUUUUAAAUCUUCAAACAAGUAUUAAAUUAGGACUUCUAUUCAUAGUAUAAAAAGAAAUAAACAUUUAUAAUAUUUAACCAAUUUAACAGCUAGUUAUUUCUGAAAACUAGAGCAGAAUAUUCUGCUUCAAAUAACAGCAAGUCAUUAUGCAAAAUUUCAAUGAUAAUACUAAAAAGGAGUAUUCAACACAAGGAUAUGUGAAUGGAAUUAUUUUGAAUGAGGAACAAUAGCUAGUUUACAUUUAUGGCAGUCAAUUUUUAGUAACUGAUUUUGACUUAAAAAUUUAAUAAACUGUAUUCGAUGGAUAGAUAUAAAGAUAUUAAUUGGCUUAUGAUUUUUAAGGAAAUUUGCAAUCUAGUUAUAAUAAUUUUGGUAGUUUUGUUAAAGAUUUGUAAAUAUUCGGACAAAAUGUAGCAGUCUUAGUCAACUCAAAUAUUUACCUUUUUUUGAGAGGUUCUUUGUUAUUUUAAUAAUAUAUAACACCUAAUGGAGGUGGAAACUUAUUGGGGUACUAUUAUAUCUAAGAUUAUAAUCUUCUUGUUUAUUACACAGACAACAUACGUAAUGCGUAGCUCUUUUACUUUAAUUUAGAAACUUAAUCGGAUGAUGGAUAUACUAGUAGUCCUUAUACUGAAAUUGGAUAUGGAAAGGUAGUUUAGUUAUUUUAUGAUCCUUUGGCAUAAAGAUUAAACUACAUAGAUUCUUUAGGGUAUUUAUAUAGCAUUUCUCUUAAUUCUCAAAAAGCUUUUUCUAAUUUGAUUCCUUUCGAUGCAUUUUAAGAAUUAGGAAAACCGACAAAUUACUAUAUUGAUUAUAACGUUAAUAAUUUAUAUGUGUACAAUAGCUAAGCGAUUUUUUUUAUUAAUUAUAAUCUAGUUUCUAAAUAUGUAAUUUAGUAGAGCUAAUUAAAUUAGUAAUACUAUAUAAAAAUGAUCUAAGGCAACUCUUAGCUAAACACUUUAUAUUUUAUAUUCGAUGCACUGAGUACUCUCUAUAUUUACAAAAAUUUAGUUUCAACUUAUCUAUGCUAUUUUAAUGAAGAAGUGGUAGAUGUCAAAUAGUUAAAUUAAUACUAACUAAUAAUUUUGGUUUUCUCUUCCAAGAUGCUUAUUUACACUUAUGAUUAAACUUAAAAUUUAUCUCUGCUCUCUGAUACAUAUGUAGGUGUUAUUAAUAAUCCUCAAAUAUCUAAAUUUUUAUCUGAUGAACUUUAUAUUUCCACCUCAAAUUAACUGAUUCAUAUAAAUUAUAAAUUUUAUUUAGACAGCAAUUCUAACUGGUAAUAUAAAUCCAUCUAGUAUCCAAAAGAUGAUUAAGUAAUAAGUUCUAUUAAGUUAGAUGGUUAAGAAAAACAAAUAUUAAUUAGUUUCAAAUCAGGAAACGUCAUUUUAUAUGAUUAAACCUUAAAGUCAGUAAAAAAUAUUAUAACUUAAAAAAGUAAUUCUUUGUAAGCUAAUUUAUUAUCUUACACCUAGAAUCUUAUAUUUUUAGUCUUUUCAGAUGGAAGCAUUACUAAAAUUUCAAGGUAAGAUUCAACUGAUUAAAAGAAUUAUAAUAUGCAGUAAGUUCUUUAAGCUUAACAAAAUAAAUUUUGUAGUAUAACUGUUGAUGCUUAAUACAAUUAAAUAUUUUUGAACUUUUGCUUUACAAAAAUUAUAUAUGUUUUAGAUACAAAUACAUUAUAAUUAGCAAAAUAUUUGUCUUUUCCAAAUGAUCAGCAUAAUCGAAUAUACCUUAGCAACAAUUUCAUGUUUGCUUAUUCUUGGUCUCAAGUUAAUAUAUUCAAAAGAGGAACACUUGAAUUUUUAAAUAACAUCAGAAAAAAUAAUUCAUAUGAAAGAAUACUUUCAUUGUAAGUUAUAAACGAGUCUAUAUUAAUAAUUUCACUAAAUUAGGCUUUAGAAAUUUAUUUAAUGGUUCAAAAUAAAAUAUUACUGAUUGAAUAACAAGAAUUUUUAAAUCCUCAUAUUAUAGAUGUUUUUUUAAGUAAAUCUGAUAAUAGUUUAUUAAGUAUAAUUGGAGUUUCUGAUUAGACUAUAUUUGAAAAAAGGAUUAACUUAAACUUAUUUGAUAUUUCGAUGAAAUUGAAUAAUUUUAAUAAUCAACAAAUUUCAACAUUAAUACAAUCUAAUUAUUAUUCAUGCUUUUAUUAAAUAGAUAUGACUAACCGUGAUGUUGCAUAAAAUAUUUUUUUUAACAUUUAUGAUAGCUCCUAAACAAAUAAAAAUUAUAGAAUAUCUGCUGGUGUAAGAGGGGAAAUUUAGGCUUUAAGUUUCAUACCAUCUUCUGCUUCUGUUAAUAUAAUUUUUGAACCUAGUGAAACUAAGUAAGAAAACUAAUAUGUUGUAAUUGGUUCUGAUACUUAUACAUAGUAUGGUUUUUAAAAUAUUAACUUUAAAGACUUAACAAUGAAUUUUGGUUAUAUUCAAUAGCAAAUGACGUUUUCAAAUUUUACAUAAAAUGUGAAUUGGUAAGAUAUAAGAAUACAUGAUCUAAAUUAUGGAUAGGUUUAAAUUCACUUUUCAAAUAUGAAUAAUGUUGUUAUUUCUAAUCUAACAAUAACUAAUAUUGACUACAAUCAAAAAUACUUUUAAACUUAUUAGGAUAAAUUUACUAAGGAGAGUUAAAUUUUCUUUUAUUUCUAAAAUUGUUCAAAUGUUGUAAUUGAUCAACUCUCUAUCCUGAAUUACAUUUCAUGGUGGAGGUCUACUCUUUUUGGUUUUUAGAAUGUUCAAAAUGUAUUUAUCAGCAAUGUAAAAAUAACUUCAAGUAACUUUUAUAGCAUGUUUGAUUUUUAGAAUGUUUAAAAUUUAAUUAUGUAAAAUGUAUUCAUUAGUAAUAAUUAAAUAACUGAGAGGACUCCUUAUUAUCCAUUAAAUGAUAUUGAUUAAGAUAAUACUAUACCAUAAGUUGAAAGAUAUACGAUUUAAAUUUAAGGAAAUUUAUAUACUUUAAUGAAUUAGGUUACUUUGAAGAGUAAUAAGAAUUUGCUUUUUAUGAGAUAUUCAAAUACAUAUAUGAAAUAAUAGGAAAUGAUGACAUUAUAUAAUGAUUAGUUAAUACUUUAAAAUAUUUAUAUAGAGCAAUCAGAUAUCUCCUUAAACAAUAAUGUUACGCUCUAGCAAAUGGCUAUUUAGCCUUUAAUUAUAAUUUAAUCUUCUAAUGUGUCAAUUUUCUAAAUGUAAUAUUAACUGAACUAAGGAAAUAUUAAAAUAAUUUCCACUGCUUACUUGGAAGUGGUUAAAUCAACUUUCAAAAACAACACUUCACUAGAAGGAGGUGCUCUGUAUUUAUAAAAAAUAAAUAAAUUUAAGUUAAGAAAUUGCACUUUUAGUUAUAAUACUGCUAAAGGGAGUGGAGGGGGAAUUUAUAUGGAUAGUAUUAAUUCCUUUUAAAUAAAAGAAAAUUAUAUCAUGUAUAAUUUUGCUGAGAUUGGUGGUGGUAUAAGACUUAUUAAUUAUAACAAUUAAACCUUUUAUAGCAGCUAGAUUAUGAAUAAUACAGCUUAUAUUUUUGGUAAUAAUGUAGGAAUCAGUCCUACUUAGUUAAAUAUAAUUUCUAAUAAAGAGAUGUAAUAUAAAAAUAUGUCUAUGCAUUCUAUAAGAUAUCAUCUCAAUCCUACUAAUAAAGAUUUUAUUUAUAUCUCUAAAUUCAGAAGCGGUGAAUUACUUCCCUUUAAGAUACAAUUCUUGGAUUAAGAUAACAAAAUUUUAACCUUUUCAAAGUACAAAUUUUAAAAUUAAUAAUACACUUAGGAAGUUUAUGAUGAAAUUAAUUCUCUUUCAAUUGAAAUUAUGUCAAAUGAUAUUUCAAAACUUUUAGCGAUUGGACAAACAAAUAUUAAUUAUAAUCAAUAUAAUGAUUAAGAUAAAUCAUUUGACAUACUAUCUCUUUAAAUUGAUUCAAACCCAAAUUAGUCUCAUAAGUUGCAUUUAGCUAUUUCAACUAAUUCUAAUUAGCAAAUAAGUGAGUUCAAUGUUAAUAUGGAAAUCCAUUUUCGUCAAUGCUUAAUUGGUGAAAUUAAAAAAAGGGUAUCAGGAGAUUUAAUAGUUUGCGAUUAAUGUACUAGUGGAUAUUAUUCUCUUUAAGAUCCUGAAGAUUAAAAAACAGUUUAGUGUUAAAAAUGUCCUAUUUAAGCUUAGGAAUGUGUAGGAAAUAAAAUUACUCUAAAAGAUGGGUAUUGGAGAGAAUCUUAACUUUCUGAUUAAAUAUUUGCUUGUGAAUAAACCUAUGAUACAGUAUCAUGUUAAGAAAAUAAUCCACUAAGCAGAAAAGGUUGUAUUUAAGGCUAUAUUGGUCCUUUAUGCUAGGAAUGUGAUUUAGCCUCAGAGCUGUGGGGUAGCAGAUACACUUUUGAUAGUGGCAAAUAAAUUUGUUAGAGAUGUGAUAAUUUGGUUAUUUAUUACAUUUAUUUUAUUAUUUUAACCAUCGUUUUUUUCGCAUACAUCAUUUUAUCAGUUUGCCUCUUUAUGAACAAUUUUAUAUUCCACUCCACAUCUACUUAUUUGAGAUUCUUGUAGAUUUUACCAAUUUAUUCAAGCUGUAUCAAGGAUUAGUCUACGUUUUAUAUGAAAUCUAUAAUCAAUUUCCUUUAGCUUUCAUCUAUCUUAUUGGAACCAAGCUUUUAAAAAAAGACUCCAUCAGUAAUUACUUGGCCAGAUAACUUUGGUAAUCCAAUAAAUAACGUGUUUUCUUUUUCUAAUUGCUUAUUUUUUUAAAGGGCAAAUACAAACUAUUAAAUUACAUAAGCUAAAAUCAUUUUAGAGGGGUUUUAUCCAUUAAUAUUUUUAGCUCUAAGUUGCCUAUUAUUUUACACUUUAGCCAAGUAUAAAAUACUUGGAAUAAAAACUUAUCAUAACUACGCAACACUUACUAUUCUAUUUACUUUCUUUUAGCCUGAGUUAGUUAGAUUCUUUACAAAUGCUUUGUCAUGCCGCCGAAUAGGAAAUUAAAAGUACUAGACAAUAAAUUUGUAAAUAAAAUGCAAUGAGGAUUCUUAUUUAACGUUUACCUAUCUUUUUAUAAUCCCUUAUAUCAUUUUACUGCUUACAUUGCCACUUUUUUUCUUGGUGAAAAUAUUUUAAAAUAGAAAAAAGCUUAGUUUCUGCAUUAACAAAUACAAGUAUGGAUAUUUUUAUCUAGACUAUAAAGACGGGUUUUAUUUUUGGGAGUUCAUAAGAAUAUACAUGAAGACAUUUAUUGUUUUAUUCUACACUCUCUAUAAAGAAUAAGAUAUUUACUACUGCUAUUAAAUUGUUUCUCUCUUCAUCUGUUUAUAUGCAAUUUUAAAUCAUGUCUUUAGACCUUAUUUACAAAGAAAAGUAUUUUGGCUUGAGACUUCAUCUAUGGUAAUUCUUGUAAUUUGUAUACUUCUAUAAUAGCUUAAUUUAAUGUAUAACUCAAUAACGGCUUUAUCUCUACUAUUUGGAUUAUACAUUAUUUUCAUACUGAUAGUUUUAAUAGUAAUAAUAUACCUUAAGAUGAUUAACAUAAAUCUUAUUAGAUUAUAAUGUAUCAAAGGAUUCAACAAGAUUAAAAUACCAGAAAGAUUUUUAAAAAUGAUCAUUUAAAAAAAUCAAACAUAAAUUGCCACUCUUUUACGUUGGAAGAAGAUUAAAAAAUAAAUGUUAGUAAUUACCUAAUUAUAGGCUUUUAAGACUGUUUAAUAAUGCGAAGCAAGCAUUUGCACUUUCUAAUAAAAUAAGGUAGGUUAGAAGAGGAAAAAUCAACCGAUCAACUUCACUCCAGAAAUCAAUUUAAAUUCUGUAAAUAAAUAUAAAACAUCAGAAAAUAAGCUCUUCUCAUCUAAUAAGUUCAACUCUCAAUAAAACUAGAUAAAUGAAGGAAACUUAUCCAUAUUUAAUAAAUCAAACCUUUUAUUGAAUUUAGAAAAAAUGUAGUAAAGUAAUACUAUUUUCUAGAAGGAGUAAAACUCUUAACAUGAUAAGAUAUAAUCAUAAUAAACUACAAACAAUAUAAUCCAUGAUGAAAUGUUAUGUUUUACAAUAAAUGAUUUGGAUAAUGUAUCAUAAUAUGAUGAACAUACUAAAAAUGGGAGUACAAUAAUUAAUCCUCCUGAGCUUAAGCAGUUAGAUCAAAUAGCUCUGAAAAAAAUAAUUACUUCUUACCACGGUUAACAUACAAACGAAGAAUUGACUAAUUUCUGA